ACAUGGUUUUAAAACCUGCUAACAGCAGGUGGAAUUUUGUUUGUUUGCAAUUAUAUCCUGAUAUGUAAAACCUCAGAAUUCUUCAUCCUCAUCACACACUUUCAGGUUCUUUGAAGCAUCUGGAGAUGUUCUGUACUGUUGGUUUUUCACCGAUGUGCUGACUGGAAACCCGUCCAGUUUAUCUUUGACACGAAGGAUCAAAAGUUAUCCGUGACCUUUCUGCACAGAAAGUCUCAUUUUCUGUUCUUCAACAACCAGUUAAAGGCUGCGCUGGUUUGUGAUGACCUCUGACAUUCUGGCUGGGAAAGAUUAAUCUCCUUGAUGAUGGAUCAGUGGAUAAAAACGGCUCUCUGAUGUUGAUAUCAAUAAAGAGGGCACAGUAGGUCAGUAAUUUGCCUGGUAGGACGUUUGCUCUGAUGAUUCAGGGAUUUUCGUUCUAUGCCCAGGAUCAAGACUUUUGGCAGCGAUGCCAGCGCGUUAAAUCCCUGCUCAUUGAACAAACAGCUAAAGUGGGAUCUGCUAACCCUUUGAUUGAGGUUUAUAUAGCGGGGCUCUGGUCCUGCUUUGUGAGACCAUUUUCAGCAGGUGACUGGCUCCAGCACUCUUUACAGGAUGAGUAGUAAGAUCAUCUUCUAUGAGGACAGAAACUUCCAGGGCCGCUCGUAUGAGUGCGACACCGACUGCCCUGACAUGCACCCUCACUUCAGCCGCUGCAACUCCAUCAAGGUGGAAAGCGGCUGCUGGGUGCUCUACGAGAAGCCCAACUACACGGGCUACCAGUACGUCCUGACCCGAGGAGAGUACCCGGACUACCAGCGCUGGAUGGGCUACAAUGACACCAUUCGCUCCUGCCGUACCUUCUCCUAUACCAGCGAGGGGCCGUACCGCAUCCGUAUCUACGAGCGGCCCAACUUCCAGGGCCAGAUGAUGGAGUUCAGCGAGGACUGCGAGUCGGUGCAGGACCACUUCCGCAGCCGUGACGUCUACUCCUGCAACGUCAUGGACGGCUACUGGACCCUUUACGAGCAUCCCAACUACCGCGGCCGGCAGUACUUCAUGAGGCCUGGCGAGUACCGCAAGUUCAGCGACUGGGGGGCCACCUGCGCCACCACCGGCUCCUUCCGCAAAAUCACCGAGUUUUAAUCCUUGGAUUCAUAUUUUGGGUUAAAAACAACUGUUAAUGUAAAGAAAAUAAGAUGUCAAUGAUUGACCCAGUAAGAAACUGUUAUAAAUAAUUUAAUAAAUGGAGCUACUAUAAACUGUUGUCCUUGCUUGUGAAUAAAUGUCUUGGUUUAACUAACUGGCUCAUAAAAAAGACAUUUUGUGUGAAAA